AUGUUUCCGUCAGGUUUUAGCUGCAAUCUCUCAUUCCCAAGCUGUCUCGGCUACCCACAAGAUAGUGAGGAACUUAUUCCCAAAAUGGCUAGAGAACCAAUUAUUCUCAAUGUUUACGACAUGUAUUGGAUGAAUGAGUACACAACACCUAUCGGCUUAGGAGUCUUCCAUUCAGGUGUUGAAAUUUAUGGUGUUGAAUAUGCUUAUGGUGGACACUCGCUCCCAAUAUCUGGUAUCUUUGAAAUAGCACCACGUGACGCUGAUGAACUUGGAGAACAAUUUAGAUUUCGACAAUCUGUUCAUAUUGGCUACACCGAUUUUACGGAAGAAGAUGUAGCCAGAAUUGUCGCUGAGCUUGGAAAAGAUUUUCGUGGUGAUCGCUAUCACUUGAUGAACAAAAAUUGUAACCAUUUCAGCGGACAGUUGACACAAAUUUUGUGCGGCCAAGAAAUUCCUGGAUGGGUGAACCGACUGGCAUACUUCAGUUCAUGUGUCCCAUUCCUCCAGCGCUGUUUGCCAAAAGAGUGGCUCACCCCAGACGCUCUCACUCACUCUCUCAGCCACGUGAACCACCGCGACAGUACACAGCACUCGGAAACUUCAUUGUAA